AUGUACAGCUUCAUGGGCGGAGGCUUGUUCUGUGCCUCCGUGGGGAACAUCCUCCUGGUGGUGUCCACGGUGACCGACUACUGGAUGCAGUACCGGGUUGCCGGCACCUUUGCUCACCAGGGUCUCUGGCGGUACUGCUUCUCGGGGAAGUGCUACAUGCAGAUGGAGAGCAUUGCCUACUGGAAUGCCACUCGGGCUUUCAUGAUCGUCUCCGCCCUCUCUUGCUUUGCGGGCAUCAUCACGGGUAUCCUGUCCUUCGCCCAGGUCUCCACCUUCCAGCGCUUCAACAGGUCUUUUGCUGCCGGCGUCCUCUUCUUCAUUUCCACAAUAUUCAUCCUCCUAGCAAUGGGGAUUUACACCGGGGUCACCGUCAAUAUCCUGGGCAAACGGUUUGGCGAGUGGCGCUUCUCUUGGUCCUACAUCUUGGGCUGGGUCGCCCUCCUGAUGACCUUCUUUGCAGGUAUAUUUUACGUGUGCGCUUAUCGGAUGCACGAGUGCCAAAGACUGUCUGGGGCCCGCUAA